AUGCUUCAAUCGCCAGGUUGUCGAACAGACAAGAGGCUCUGUUAUGCCGCGGUCAAGUUUUACGAGAAGACGCGUCGCUGGAAGCAAGCGAUUGGUGUCCUGUGUGACAUGCACAUGUUUGGCUUGCGCCCCGACAUUGCCACACUCAAUGCUGUGUUCGUGGCUUGUGGCCAGAGCCGGCUUUGGUGUACAGCUUUGGAUUUGAUGCGGCAGAUGCCCCAACUCGUAGUGCAGAAAGACAUGGUAUCAUACGAUGCGCUGGUCACUGUACAGGGUCGCGAGACGUUUUGGCAGGGUGUGGUACAGCUACUUCUGCACUCCAGGCUUCGGCCGGACCGAGCUCUGCUUGGCAGAUCCAUCCAGAUCCUGGCCAGGGCCGACAAGCCCGAGAUGGCCCGUGCACUGUCAACGAGCGGAAGCAUUAGCUGA